GUGGUGAAAUUUACAAAGUCCUUUGAAUUGUUAUCUCCAAAAUGCAGUGCUGAUACUGACAACAGUUUCAAAGAAAGUGUGGAGAAAUCAUCAUCUUAUUCUGACUGGCUAAUAAAUAAUAGCAUUGCUGAACUCGUAGCUUCCACGGGUCUCCCAGUGAACAUCAGUGAUGCCUAUCAGGAUCCUCGCUUUGAUGCUGAAGCUGACCAGAUUUCUGGCUUUCACAUAAGGUCUGUUCUGUGUGUCCCUAUAUGGAAUAGCAACCACCAAAUAAUCGGGGUAGCUCAAGUGUUGAACAGGCUUGAUGGGAAACCCUUUGAUGAUGCUGACCAGCGACUGUUUGAAGCUUUCGUUAUUUUUUGCGGCCUGGGCAUCAACAACACAAUUAUGUAUGACCAAGUGAAGAAAUCCUGGGCAAAACAGUCUGUGGCUCUUGAUGUGUUAUCUUAUCAUGCAACAUGUUCGAAGGCAGAAGUUGAUAAAUUUAAGGCAGCAAACAUCCCUCUGGUGUCAGAGCUUGGCAUUGAUGAUAUCCAUUUUGAUGACUUCUCGCUUGAUGUGGAUGCCAUGAUUACUGCAGCCCUGCGGAUGUUCAUGGAACUUGGAAUGGUUCAGAAAUUUAAAAUUGACUACGAGACGCUGUGUAGGUGGCUUUUGACGGUUAGGAAGAAUUAUCGAAUGGUUUUGUAUCACAACUGGAGGCAUGCUUUCAACGUCUGCCAGCUAAUGUUUGCCAUGUUAACUACUGCAGGAUUUCAGGAGAUUCUGACUGAAAUUGAAAUUUUAGCUUUGAUUGUGGGAUGCUUAUGUCACGACCUUGACCACAGGGGAACCAACAAUGCCUUCCAAGCCAAGAGCGGAUCAGCCUUAGCUCAGCUCUACGGCACCUCUGCUACCUUGGAGCACCACCAUUUCAAUCAUGCUGUCAUGAUUCUCCAAAGUGAGGGUCACAACAUCUUUGCUAACUUGUCCUCUAAGGACUACAGUGACCUUAUGCAGCUUCUAAAGCAAUCAAUAUUGGCAACAGACCUCACUCUGUAUUUUGAGAGAAGGACUGAGUUUUUUGAACUUGUCAGUAAAGGUGGUUAUGAUUGGAAUAUAAAAAACCAGCGAGAAAUAUUUCGAUCAAUGCUAAUGACAGCCUGUGACCUUGGAGCUGUGACCAAACCGUGGGAGAUUUCAAGACAGGCAACUGAGCUGGUAACCAGUGAGUUCUUUGAACAAGGAGACAGAGAAAGAUCUGAACUCAAACUCACCCCUUCAGCCAUUUUUGAUCGGAACAGGAAAGAUGAACUACCCAGGUUGCAGCUCGAGUGGAUUGAUAGCAUCUGCAUGCCAUUAUAUGAGUGUCUAGUGAAGCUGAAUGUGAAACUGAAGCCUAUGCUGGACUCUGUGGCAGUAAAUAGAGGUAAAUGGGAGGAGCUGCACCAAAAAAGACUUCCUUCUCAGGCAGCAUCCUCAUCCUCCUUUUCCUCUAGCUUUACCAUGUCUCUCAAAGACAUAAAUUAA